GCCUUUCAUUAGAAAUAAUAUUGAAUUGUAAAACUAUAUUAUUUAUAAAUUGAAAGAGCAGCAACUGCCUUUACAUUAAUCGUGAUUUGAUAUAAUGGUAACUGGUUCUACAGAGCAUGGUAUGCAAGCUGAUGUAGUAUUUGUUAUUGAAAGCACAGCUACUAAUGGUGCUUAUCUAAAUGAUUUUAAAACAAAUUAUCUCAUACCCACCUUGGAGUAUUUUAGCCAGGGUGGCAUCGAAGAUCGAGAAUUUGCAUCAGAAACUAGUUUAACGCUUUAUGGAAUUGUUGUUUAUCAUGCAGCAGACUGUCUACUAUUACCUUUUACAAGAGCAUUCGGCCCUUUUUCUAACCCACAUAAAUUAUUACUUACUUUAGAAAAACUUGAAAUGAUUGGUGGAAAAGGAGAAUCCCAUGCACAUAUUGGAGAAGGACUUGCAACGGCUCUUCAUUGUUUUAAAGAUUUGCAAGUGCGAAGAGAACCGAAUGUAGCAUCGCAAAAGCAUUGUAUUUUAGUAUGUAAUUCGCCGCCGUAUCAAAUUGACGUUCAAGAAUCCUGUACGUUUUAUGGAUAUUCUGUUGAGCAGCUGGCAGGUGUUUUUCAAGAGAGAAACAUCAGUCUGUCGAUAUUGUCACCAAGAAAAAUUUCGGCACUGUUCAAGCUGUUUGAGAAGGCUGGUGGUGAUCUCCAAUCAUCACAGACAAAGAACUACGCCAAAGAUCCGCGUCACCUUGUGCUGUUGCGCAAUUACAAUUUGAAAGAAAGCCCGGUUAGUCCGACGUCGGCCGCUGCUGCAGCAGCCGCUGUUACGGGGACGCCAAGCGCAGCUCAAAUAGCCCUUAGCCCUCUGCAAAGUAAUGACAGUCCCAAUCCCAAUCAAACACCCCAAAGUAUCGUUGUCGCACAAUCCGUCACACAAGCACAACAGGGCCCACCCGCCUCCUUCCGCAGUCAAACCACACCUCAGAACAUAAACUCUGUGCAUCAACAACAAGCAGUUAAUCAGCAACAACAACAACAACAACAACAACAACAACAACAACAACAACAACAACAAUCUAUGAACGCAUCAAUGGGCGGCAGACCGCAAUUCAAUCCGCAAAUUUCAGCUCCGCCGAACUAUCAUCCGGCGGCUAUGGGUGCCAGGGCUCCGCAUCCCAGAGCAUGGAUGAGACCACCCUUCAUGGGCCCUGGGCCCAAUGCUGGUCCAGCUGCCGCGGCUCCGCCGCCUCCUACUAGCAGUCAAAGCAGUGCCCUGAUUGCCCAAUUGUCCCAACCACCUUCCGCAAUGGGUCUCAAUGUGCAGCCUUUCACCCAAAGAAUGGAAGGAGCCCCUAAUGCUGCAAUGGCAGCAAAUUCGCAACAAUCUCAGCAACAGCAGCAACAGCAACAACAAUUAAGUCAGCACCAACAGCAAUUAAGACUGAAUAUGCAGCAGUUACAGCAACAGCAGCAACAAAAUGCUAUUCAACAACAAAAUGCACAACAAGCAUCAAUGGGUAUGCAAGGCCAAGCUGCACCAAGCCAAGCUGGUCCUCAACUCAAUGUUUCUGGUGUAAAUCAGCCAAUGGCAUCACAAGUUCCACAAACUGUCACUGCAUCUCAAGCAUCAUCUGCUCAAGCUGCUUCUGCCGCAACUCAAAUGAGUCACGCUCAGCAGGGUAAUAGUACUGGUGGGCCUGUGAAUCAACCCAUGUUAAAUGCAGAUCGUACAGUAAUUUGGAAAGGCAUGCUCGAAUGGGUAGAAAAAAGUAAGAAUACCAAUGAUGCCCAGAAACAAACCUGGCAAGUACCUUGUCAAGUUUCAGCAACGGCAAAAGAUGGAGAACCAGAAGUUAAAGCAGAAUCGUGGCCAAUGAAGCUGAUUAUGCAGCUUAUGCCAAAAAUGUUAAUAGGAAAUAUUGGACAAGCUUAUUUAAAAAAUUCUAAAUCAGUUGUAUUUUAUCCAUCAACUUGCGACGCCCUUGAAUCAUUGAUAAAAGUCAUGUCAAAUGGCUUUGCAGGAUGUGUCCAUUUUACAUCCACACCUACGUGUAAUAUUAAAGUAUUGUUAUUGUUGUAUACAGCCGAGAAACGAACUUUUAUAGGUUUUAUACCAAAUGAUCAACAGGCUUUUGUCGAUCGAUUAAGAAAAGUAAUUCAACAACAAAAAAGUACACAUGCAAUGAUUCGACAAGGUCCAGUUACUUUAAGGCCAGCUGGACCAGGAACUGGCCCUGGUGGUGUUGGUACAAAUACAAUGCCCGGAGGUGUGCCAAAUACUGCUGGUAUCUCUCAGAGUGGUAUUUUAAUGUCACAGACUAACACAAUGACCAUGGGUGGAGGUCAAAUUACACAGAAUGUUAUGUCAAAUAAUGGUCUUCCACAACAGCCCAUGGCUCCCACAACUGUACAGCAGAAUCAGCUCAACAUUCAGACGGUCGGUCUUGCGGCAGCUGGAGGAGGACCACAGGGUCAAAUCAACACUGGAGGAGGUGGCAUGAUUGGACAGCAGCAACAAAUGGAAAUGGCUCGACAACAAAAUUUACUCAAGAUACACCAACUGCAACAGACACUAGAAGCAGCCCAGCAGCAGGAGGCGCAGUAUAAGUCUCAAGAGGCACAGUAUAAAUCUCAAAUGGAAGUUGUUGGCAACAUACAGCAAAAUCUUGAGCAUGCACAAGCCCAAGAAAUGCAAUAUAAGCAGCUAGAGCAAGCUCAACAAGCUCAAAGGGGCUUGAAUCCUGGACCGGGAAUGCAGGGACCGCAGCAGGCCAAUGCACAGCGUAUGAUGAGACCAGUAUUGAAUAACGCACUUGGAUUGCGACAUUUGUUGCAACAGCAACAACAACAACCUCAAUAUCGACAAGUUCUUGGAAUGCAGCAACAGAUGGUUGGUCCUCGUGGUCAAAUGGCUCCAAGGCCAAUGGCGCCUGGCAAUCCCCAAAAUCAACAAUUUGAUGAAGUUUCCAAUUACGAUUUUCUUGGUUAAAAAAAUUUAUUCUAUAUUUAAUAAUGUAAUUUAAAAAAAAAA